AGAUCUGGGUUUUCUCUCAAACUUCAUCUUCUUCCUCCUGUCCUCCUCCUUCCUCAUCCUUCUUCUUUUUUCUUCUUAUUCUUUCUUUCUCUCUCUUCUCCCUUCUCCUUCCUCUCUCAAACCCAGAUCUGGGUUUUUCUCAAACCUAGAUUAGGCAUUUCAGCAACCUCGCUUGCUCGUGGCACUGCUACUCCGACGACUCAAGCUGGACACCGUAAUUCCCUGGCGGCCCAAGAAGAAGGUGGUGGUUGUAAUGGGGCAGACCAGAGUCGGCAAGUCACGGCUCUCCAUCGAACUCGCCACCCUGUUUCCGGUGGAGAGCAUAAACUCAGACAAAAUACAAGUGCAUGAAGGACUAGACAUUGUCAUUGUCACCAACAAAAUAACAGAGGAAGAACGAAAAAGAGUUCCCCACCAUUUCCAGCUUCCAGUCAUUGCAGGCGACUCCAAUUCCUACAUCGAGGCUUUGAUCGACGACGUAGACCACCGGUUCCGAUCAAAAUUCGAUCCUUGUUUCCUUUGGGUUGAGGUCACAACGCCGGUGCUCUAUCAAUAUGUCUCGGAGCAGGUCGACCGGAUGGUUAAGAACGGAAUGAUCAACAAGGUGAGGGAGUUUUCUCCAUCAGCGGGGAUUAAAAAAGGGGAUCAGGAAAGUGAUUGGAGUUCUGGAGUUCAAUAUGUACUUCCGACUGGAACAGUUUCUGGACAAAGAAAGCAGAGCCGUGUUGCUGAAGAACCAGCAGUGGACGCCAUUGUCCUCUUCUUCACCACGGCUUCCUCACAGGGGAGUAGCAGUGCUAGAGCUCGUCCAAGAUGGACGAGGUGAGCAAGGUUGCUGAAAUGCCAGAUCUGGGUUUGAGAGAAGAAGAAGAAGGGAGAAGAGAGAGAAAGAAAGAAUAAGAAGAAGAAAGAAGAAGGAUGAGGAGGGAGGAGGAAAGGAGGAAGAAGAUGAAGUUUGAGAGAGAACCCAGAUCUGGUUUGCAGAGGUAAGGGAAAAGGAAAGGUAAAUGAGAGAGAAAAUGAAAGAGGAAGAAGAAAUCUGACGUGUGAAA